AUGGCCGACAGCACCAGCUGGUUGCGUAGAUUCCAGCAAUCUCGCGCGCAACCUGCCAAGCAACAAUUGCAGCCCGUCAUCACUUCUACAUCGGAGGAUAGCUCUGUCACAAGUGUAACGACUAUCGACGGUAACGAGAACGCCUUGCCUUUAUCUCAUCCCGCGUCAACCAGCAAACACCAUAACAAUGACGGUGGCAUCCACGUAGUCAGCAACGCGGGGAGCGGGAGCGGGAGCGGGGGAACAGCGUUCGGAGGCAACACCAGCGGGUCUGGACCACUGCCGCCCAAAACUCCCACAGCGGGUGUUUUCUCCUCGGGAGCUUCAACGGCAAGCUUACGUCGACCAUCACUGCCUCAUCAGAAAUCGCCAAGCGAUAGCAAUGUUAUUGGCACCAGUAGCCGAUUGUUGAGGUCGAGGCCGUCAGCUACUUUCCAACGGGUCUCAAGUUUGCUUAAUCUCGGAGCAAGUGGGAAUGGAGCAGAUUCGCCCUCGGCCACCGCCCCAUCGUCACCCUCGUUCUCUCCCGGGCGACCUCGUGAGGGAAGCGGUGGCAGCACCAGCCGCUUUACCUUCUUCCGGCCGCUGACGCCGAGUGCUGCGGCAGCACCGGCACCAUCGUUGAGUGCGUUGCCGCUUAGAAAUUGGAGCGCAACAAAUGGGGAUGAUGAGGAUGACUGGCUGGGAGGACUGAGGCGGAAUGCCGCUAGGGGAAGCCCCUGGCACAACCCCAAUCUGAUGCAGAUGGCGGAGACGUUGCAAGCGGUUAUGAUGACGAAGGGGGAUUCGAUGGCUCCUCUUCCUGUCCAAUAUAACUCGCUCGUUCACAACGUACUCGAGGGCUUCGCACACCUUACAAAGCGAUUGCAAGCCUUAGAACAAGAGCUAGCUGAGCUCAAGAACCUUCGAGAGAAAGAACUGGAGCAGUUCCGAGGAAUCAGCGAAGAGUGGAUUCAGCGAGAGAACGGCUACAAGGCCGAGAUCAAGCGGCUCGAAGUCGUGCUCGCUAAGGAGAGCAAAGAUGGCCUAGCAAGUGUUACGCUGGCGAGACAGGAUACGCUCAUUGAUCGGUCAGGGAGCAAAAGAUUCCAAGCGAAGUUGAAGAGGAUGAGUACUACCGCUAAUCGGGAUCGAGCAGGAGAGAGCGAUGAUGAUGGGGACAAGGUGGUGGACGAGCGCUUUGGGGGUGAGAAGACCAGAGACAGAACUCAGUCUGGGAUCAGAGAGAGCUCUCUGCGUAUCCUUCCGGUGGACAAUGAUGCUCGCAUCAGUCAAAUGGUGAAGAAACGAGCGAUGGAGGACAAGCGGUGGCGUAGGUCACAAUUGCAACCAUCUAUGGAUACUCCUCCUACCUGUGUAGAAGAGACUCUCGUUGACUCAUCAUCGCCAACAUCUCCCUCGCCCACAAAGCCGCACAGUGGCCCUCGAUCGAGUCAAAAUCAGCAUGUGGUUUCCGUAAACGGCCAAUUAUACAGUCCCUCUACAUCCAGUAGCUCCACUGCGAGUACGGCCUCACGGGAGGCAAGCCGUAGCUUGUCUCAAAGGCGCAAUAUCAACAAUCUCGUAAUCGAAACGGGGGACGUAUCCACAGCCGUAAAUCCACGACAGCGGCGCAUCUUUUCGUAUAUCGAGGGCGAGGCUGAGGUGCUGGGAACGGCCAGUGCUGCUUCAGAGCAACCACCAGCCGGUACGAAUGGUAUCGACUUGCCCGACCGUAACUCAACGUCAACAGUGCACCCAACGGCGGAAGGAUCCAUGGCCAACCUAUCAUCAACACGCCCCACCGAAGAAGAUUCGACCACAACCUUCACUAGUACUUCUUUGGGAUCAAGUAACCUCACAGGCCUCACUCCAUCUAACUCCACCGGCUCGGUGAUUUGGCUAGGAAAGCGCAACAGCAGAACGGCAGCGACAGCGACAGCGGCCGCCACCUCCUCUGCAGUUCAAGUGGACCAACCCAGCCACUACGAGACAAGCGUCGGCGGCGAAGACAUUGGCAGCGGAAAUUACGAGCUCGGAGAAAUGACCAGCACUACCUACCACCAAUACAAUUCGACAAUGACGACGACCACAAGCCCGAGACUGGGACCUGGAUUCGGAUCAGGACCGGCGAUACCUCCCCGAACUACCUCCCACCAGCAGCAGCAUAUGGUUGGGAAUGUAAGUCCUAUCAAGGACAAGUUUGAGCAGCUGUUGCAGCAGCAGCAGCAGCAGCAGCAGAAACAGUCACAGCCUGGCAGUGGGAAGAGUCCCGCCCGUGUGGUAGAGAAGAGAGACAAAGACACAACAAAGUCUCGGAUGAACAAGAAUCACGUCUCAGCAACGGUACCAAAGUUCACCGAAUGGACACAUGGGGAUCUGCGCUGA